AUGAUUCUAUUUUAUAACUUACUAGAAUGUUUACGCCUGGCAACUGUUUUUCUUCUACUUCCCUUAGCAUGUGCAAAAAACACAAUUCCUCCAGAUACCAGAAGCAUACGUUCUUUGAACAAAACGAUGGAUAAGGAAAAUGGCUCGAAAGCUCCAGUGCUUGGAUUGGUGGCGGAGAAGCCAGAGCACUCAAAACAAACAGGAUCAGAUGAACAGAAAGGAAGCGCUGACGUAAAAAUUCCAAACGCAGGAGUACAGGAGGAGGCCCCUUCUCCACCGGCAAUAGCAGCUGGAGCACAGAAGUCCUAG